CUCUUGCAACGACAGCCCUCACCAAGAGACUUUCUACAUCCUUCUAGCCAUCAUCUAUCUCUUCCUCCUCUUUUCUCUCUCUCUCACAUACACACAGUUCACACGCGCAUGUGUCUGUUUGACUAGCGCGCCUCAGUUAUCAGACUGCACCGAUCUGGGUCGGGGGGAGAAAAGAGAGGAGAGAAAAGGAGUGGAAACGAGAGAAGAGAGAGGAUAAGGGAGAAAGAGGAGAGGAGAAGGGUGGGAGGGUUUUUCUUUUUUUCUUUCUUUCCCUCUAUCCUCAGGACUCCAGCAGGACAGGGGAGUUUCUAUGACUCUGAGCACCAGUGCAGAAGACAUCAGACCCAUUUACUUCUGCUCUUCUUCACCUCUCCUCCUUUCUUUCUUCAGAGUGGAGGUCCCGAGCGCUGGCUGAGGCAAGUGAGUGGCCGUUUGUGUUGGACAAGGAUGGCUCUCUCCUGGUGUCUCUGCCUGGCCAUGGCCCUCUUUUCUUGUCCUGGCACCAUCAAUGCCCUGGCACCUGAAAAUGAAGUGACAUUACACCCCACAACAUGGCUGAGUGAGAACAGGGUCACACCAGUACAUCUGCCUAAAGGACGUGCUCGAAGACUGUAUUUCACACUGAAGAAGAAAGCUGAUUUGCUGUCUGUUACUGUGAGCCCCUGUGCAGUGCCCAUCGAAUGGAGCUUGGCUGUUCGGACCUUGAAGGAUAAACCACCUAAAAAAGCACACUGGAGCUCAAAGAAGAGCAUGCCCGAGGUUUGGUGGAGAGGUUCUGGAAGAGAGGUUAGGAUUUACACCUACACCGGCAAUGCUGUAGACACCUACACCGGACCUGCCUACGCUCCGGCGUCCAUCUACAUCCUGCGGCUGAAAUCAAACGAGCAGAACACGCAGGUGUCAGCAUACCUCCACGAAGGUCCUGGUCCCUCGGGGGCUUUCCCGGAGCUGCCAUCAGACCCCAGAGUACACACACUAGGGGUGGGCAUGACCAGUGUCACCUUAAACUGGGCUCCAAGCUCAUCCAUAGUUGUUAAAGAGGGUCACCAGCCACAUCAUGAAUAUUGCGUGUUAGUCAACCACAAACACAACUACCGAAGUCUUUGUGCUGCUCGUGAGGGAAUCCGAAAGGAGGUACAGAGUGUGCAGAAGAGACAGAGGAGGGACAAACAAAGCAAGGAGAUUGUGUGGGCAACACUUAAAGACUGGUGGUGGCGGCACCCAGAUACCCUCAAGGAUCGGGAAUCAUCCACAACUGAUAAGUUUGAGGACCCUGGAUGUGUGUGCAGGGAUGUCGAAAGUGUGUGCACGGUUUCGGACCUGCUUCCGGAUACACAGUACUAUUUUGACGUGUUCAUAGUAGACAGGGUUAACGGCACAAGUGCAGCAUACACAGGCACUUUCGCCCGCACACACGAGGAGGCUCGUCCAGCUGUCACGUCCUUACGGGAAGGCCAGGUCAAAUGGGUCACCCUGAGUGGGGACGCAAGCAAUCUACAGGGGGAUAAGUUCCGAUUUAAGCCUCGUGGGUGGCAACAAAAUGGCCUCCUUACCUUGCACACCUGUAACAGCACUAGUAAAGUCAAGGUCACCGUCUCUACUAAAGGACAGACUUUGACGUCUCAGGAGGUGGGACACCAGCUGGCCCAGAUUUGGUUGCAUGGUGGCCCGUCAUACCUCAUCCAGCUCCAGGCCUUGGCCUCAUCGUCAAUUCCUAAAGGCAAUUCCGGGAAGUCCAAAUUCUGUCUCAAAAUGCAGGCAUCAUCGGCGUACCACCGCCGAGCUGUGCCAGUGUUUCCCUCCACACUGCAGAUUAAGUCUUUCAACAAGUUGCGGACCUGCAACUCAGUCACUCUUGCCUGGAUGGGGACCGAAGAACGGAGUCUAUAUUGUGUGUAUCGGAGGCAGAUCCCACUUGAGGGCAAACGCAUCUUGACGGAUCGCUGCAUCGACCCAGAGUCCCGUCCAGCCAAUGAGAGAGUCCUCUGUAAGUAUUUCCAAGAGUUAAACCCACGUCGGGCGGUCACAACAGCGGUGAUUGGUGAACUGGAAUCAGGGGUGCUAUAUGUGUUUGACGUUUAUCUUAUGAGACGCUGGGGGCUUCCAAUUAAGUACCACAGCAAGACUGUGAGAACCAGGAGUGAAUGUUGAGUGGGCAUCUCAGAAUCUUGCUCUCGGUGGAGAAGGACUCAAUGGAGAGACAAUACGCCACAGGGAAGCCAAUGUAAGGCCAGAGAGGGAACUGUUGGAGGCCUAGAUCUGGUAUGGUGGAGGUCGAAUGUGACCAUUGAAAGACAUAAACACACAUUAAUAUGCCAACACAGACACACAAAUACAAAGAGAGGUGAGACCAAGCUCACACCAGCAAAAACUAAUUUACUUUACGAUGUUCCCGUAUUAAUGUUUGUGUUGUUGUUGUGCGUUAUGCUGUCUCUGUUGUUAAUUAUACAGUAUUGAGUGUCUGAAUAACAGAAACUCUCUCGUCUCUUACACAAAAGAGGACCGUGCCAAAAUAUGCAAGAGAAACAGCCGGAGGGCUUUGAGCUCCAGUGCUAACCAGAGCUGUAUCAGAUCUCUCAAUCUGCCACCAGUAUCAGAGAAAGACACCAAGUGAGGGAGCGGGGAGAGAGAGCGAAAGGAGCUGUGUGAAGUCAGUGUGUUGAUUAUGCUCUGCUAAAGCAUGCAGCAGGGAAAAUGAGUUAGCAGUUCGCUUCAAUGUCUGUGAUGUGAUUGUUGUGCUGCGCUUGUGCGCACUAAUAAAGACACAGUUACCAACCAGA